ACCCGGUGCCAUUAACCAUUCCCAGUUUUAUGUUGCAAUGGAUCCAGGCGUAAGCCUGUUUUCUGGUGAGCCAGAAGCUUUAAACCUCAACAACUCUCAGAACCAGAGAGAAGAAGAGGAAGAAGCACUUGAAGAUCAGAGACGACGAGAUCAGGAGCUGAAGAAUCUUUUAACUGAUGCUUUCGAUGACCUAAUGGAUGAAGAAGAUGAUGAUGAUCAAAGUACAGUGAGCAGCCUGCAUCAUAAUGGGUUUGCAGGACAUUCUAAUGCAGGCAGCACUGGUUCCAAUCAUCACUCACCACUGUAUUUUCCCUACAACAACCAUGUUCAAUCCAACUCGUCAGCAUCUCCCAUCCAAUUUGAAAACGGAUCAUACCAAAGUCCUGCCAAUCCUCAACCGCAUUAUGAAACCAAUGGAGAUAAUUUUGAUGUCAAUCAAGUUAUGUCAAGACUUAGAACAUCAGCUGGUUCUCAUACCCGAGCCUCGCCGAACGGCUAUGCCAAUCCAGAGGAGAUAUCGAACAUGAAGCAUAUGAUAUCAAACCAGCAUGACAGUGAUCAUUUUGGAUAUUUGUCAUCAAUCCCGCAAGCUGACUUCACAACCAACGGAAAUAUUUAUGGUACUGAUCAGAGAUCUUUCAAUGGUCAGCAUAUCAAUGAAGAUCUAUAUCGACAAGCAGAUAUAAAUAGCCAAGACCAGCUAAUGAUCCUCUUCACCUCUAGCAAGCAAGAGGUCUCUAAUUUAAACCAGGAGCUAGCAAGGUUGCGACAUGAGCGGGACACAGAGGUUGAGCAACUCAAAAGGAAAGUCCUCCUUCUUGAAGCAGAGAAACAGGGUGCCUUCCUGUCACACAAAGAAGCUCAGAACUUAUUGAGCGAGUACCAAACUCAAAUAUCUCACUUACAACGGGAUGUUGAAGAUCUUCGUUUGAAGAAUAUAUCUCUUGAAAAAUCCAAAGAAGAGGCUGAAAGAGACCUGUCUAUAGCUAAAGCAUCUGCUGCUGAACUCCUUCAAAAAGUUUCAAUAUUACAGCGAAGUAGUAGUGGCUUGACCUCCGAAAAGAAUGUUGAGUCCUUCCUCAAGACUAUGCAACAGAAACAUGAGACACAAAUUAGAGAGUUACAGACCCAUGUAGAGACUUUGACUGAAAAAUUUUCACAAAAGGACAAUGAAUGUUGCAUGUUGGAACGCAAACUUAGUGACGCACAGCGCAUGCAAGAUGCCCUCAUUACUGAGAAAGGGAAGGUGGUGAAUGAACUGAAUAGACAGCUUGAAGAGGCACAGCAAAAAGUUCGUGACUACGCAAACUCUGUAGAUAAUCAAGCUACUGUCCAUCUGAGGAUUCAGGUAGACCAACUUACUUCUGACCGCAAAGCUCUGGAGCAAAAACUUUCUGAAGCAUCUAAAAAGCUUGAGGCUGCUGAGAAAGAUCUUAAGCAAUAUGAAGCUGUCACAAGAAUGGGACUUCUCAGUAAUGGAGAUUCUAGUUUUGAAACUGAUUCAAUGACACACUUGGGAAUUAGCAGAAGACACAGCCUUGGAGGUAGAGCUGAGAAAAGCAUGGAUCAUAGCAAGGAUUCAAGACGCUCGUCAAAAUCUCAACGAGAAAAAGAUGAUCUCACUGUUCAGCUUAGAGAUGAGCUCCACAGAGCCUUGCAAGGUCAAAAAUCAAAAAGAGAAGAAAUUAAAAGACUUCAAGGAGAACUGAACAACCGUGACCAAAAGAUUAAAACCAUGAAAGAGCAAGAAAAGGUUUACUUUGUUGAAGCUGAAAAGUUUAAGAAAAAUCUGACAGCUGUUUUACAGCGAUUGAAGAUCCAGGAAGAAGAAGCCAAGGCCUUACAGUCCAAAAGUGAUGAAUUCAACAGUCUGCAGAAUCAGGUUCACAAGUAUAAAAGAGAAAAAGAAAAUGUUGAAAAAGAUCUAAAGGAAACAAAAGUUAAGCUUGAACGUAUCAAAUCUGACUAUGACAAAGUACGACAGCAGCUUGCUGAAAUGGAACUACAGUUGGAUCAAGCUAAAAUCCGCCAAGUUGAUCAUUCUGCUGCUGAAUUCCUUCAUUUCCAUGAUGAAUCUCUUGCUCGGUUGCGUCAAGAAAGUAGUCGCCAAUUGGAAGCACAAGUUGUUGAUUACAGAGUACGGAUGGAGCAGGCCCAGAAAGAAUGUGAGGAGAUUAAAACACUAUAUAUUGAAGUUUGUUCUGCAAAGAGGGCUUUGCUCACUGAACUUCAAGAAGAACAGAGCCAAGUAAGGAAACUUACUUCGGACCUGGAGGACAUGAAGGAGGCGCAACAGUCUCUUGAAGAUCUACACAGACAAGAGCGUGAAUUAAACAGGCGCAUUCGAGACGAUCUUGAAAAGGAGAGAGUGAACAGUUCAAAGGCAUUGCUAGAGAAAGAAAAUCUUCUUGAAGAGAAAGUGAAAGAACGUAUAGCUUCCCUUUGUAAAGAAAAUGAAACUAGAGUGCUUCAGUUGCAGAAAGAAAAAGAUGGAGCCACAGCUCGAGCAGAGCAGCUUCAACAGCAAGUAACAGCCUUACAGCAAGACAGCCUAAAUAUACAAAAGCUGCAGGCUGAAUGUGAUGAUUUGAGAAAACAGGCAAUUGAAGCUCCACAAAUACAGCAAGCUGAGCUUGAGCGCAUCAGUCGAGAGCUAAAACAGUCUCGAGAAAGAGUUCUCCAGCUGGAGAAACAACUUCGUUCAGAGUUCCAGUCACAAAUGGAUGCUAUGAUUGCUGAUAAGGACUCUUUAGAAGCUCAGUUGAAGCAGAAGGACAACCAGCUUGAAGAAUAUUUGCAAGCACUCAGUAGAAUCAAACCAUCAACUCGAGAAGUGUCUGUAAAUACUGAUCAUGUUGUUGGUGGUUCCUCAUCAGACAAUUUGCAAGCUUUAAGAAAACAAUUUGAUGAAAAAAUUGCAGAAGUGAGUGCUUACUUCAAAGCCAACGAAGAAAAGAAGUUCAUAGCUUUAGAUGCUAAGCACAAGUCUGCCUUGGCUUUGGCUGAAGAGCACAUUAAAGAAGAAACUGUGAAAUACUUUGCUGAGGAAAUUGCUCAGAUGGAGGAAAAGCACAGAGGUGAAUUAGGUAGUUUUGCCAAAAAGUUAGUGGAAAUGGAAUCCACUUUUCAAAAGCAUUUGACUUCCUUAAAAAAUGCCUUACAACUUAAAGCUAAAGAGGUUGAAGAUUUGAACUUAAAGCUUCAAAACUUAUCUAAAGGAAAAGUCCAUGUGAAUGGCAAUGCGGAUGCAGAAAGUCCUGAGCAGCUCCUAAAGUUUGUAGAACAACUGAAGAAGCAAACUGAACAAGACCGUACUACAAUGACUGAGGCUUUGACAAGAUGGGCUGAUGAGGCCAAAGAACUGCAGGACCGAGAAACUCGCCUUCAAGCUCAACUGGAAGAACUUAAGUUAAAAUAUAAAAAUGCCAGGAAAGCUGCUUUACAUUACAAAAAGGUAUCAGAAGAAAAAGAGAAGCACAUGGCAAAAGAAUGGAGUCGUCUCCAAUCUUCCUACAGUGAGGUUCUCAAUCGAGUAAAAGAAAGGGUCACAGACAUUGUUAAUGGACAAGAACAAGAAGUGACAGAGCGGCUCAAAAGAAUAGAGUUGUACUAUGAAGGACAGAUGAAAGACCUAGAAAAGAAGUUAAAGAAUGAUGUAGUUGUAUGAAACAUUCAAAUCAAAUAGUAGAAGGUAUAGAUACUUGGUCUAGAAUACUAGUGUGUUUCAUUUAUCUUAUCUUAUCCUAUUACCUAUUCAUGUAUUUCACUUGAAUGUGAAUUUUAUCUUGUUUAACUUGUUGAAAUAAUGUCCAAAUAUUUGCUCAACAACCUUAUUUCUACCAAGCGCCAAAUGUCUUGCUACAACUGCCAUUCUUUUAAGUGCCAACAUAAGUUACCCAGCUACAAAUAAGUGGUUUGGGAUCCACUGUGGGAUUUUAAAACCUGUUUAUGAAUAAGAUGUGUAAUGUAUAAAGUGCUGCAUUGCACACUGCUUUUAGAGAAUAGUGCCUAUAUUUAGGCUAUGAUUUGGUACUCCUCACAGUAGAUCUCAAACCAGUUAAAUAUAGAAUAAGGCAGGUCUUGUAAUAUUUGUGUUUAUCCUUCCUCUGAUUUAUAAUGCCAUUCAGGAGGGGUCAGUAUAGCUGUUUUUAUGACCUACAGUAUAUUUUUUCAUAAACAUGUGUAUCUUGGGACUAUAUUUUGUUUUUUAAAAAUUUUCUUAACCAACUAGUAUUAUUGCUUUGAUGAACUCUAAACAUAAAUUUAUGUGAAUUUUAUAUUAAUUCAAAAUAUACUCACGUGUGUGCAUCUGUGCGUGCUCAUUACUAAA